GCACAGAAUCUAAGGCCCACGCUACUUUGCUGGACGCACCCACCCAUAUAAACUCAAGACAUCUUCCGACGCAGGCCUCCCUCGCCCAAAACCCUAGCGCACCAGCGCCGACGUUGCCGCCACCGCCAGCGCUACAAUUGCUCGCCGCGCGCGAGCUCUUGCCGCAACUCAACCAUGAAGGCGAACAUCGCUUGCCCCACCACGGGGUGCCAGAAGAAGCUGGAGAUCGAUGACGACCAGAAGCUGCGUAACCUUUAUGACAAAAGGAUCUCUCAGGAGGUCCUUGGGCAUCUUCUGGGUGACGAAUUCAAGGGUUACGUGUUCAAGAUCAUGGGUGGCUGUGAUAAGCAAGGUUUCCCAAUGAAGCAAGGAGUUUUAACCAAUGGACGUGUCCGUCUUCUGCUGCACAAGGGCACACCUUGCUUCCGUGGGAACGGCAGGCGUGACGGUGAGCGCAGGAGAAAGUCUGUCCGUGGUUGCAUUGUCAGCCAGGACCUAUCUGUGAUUAACUUGGUGAUUGUCAAGAAGGGUGAGCAUGAUCUGCCUGGUCUGACUGACAUCGAGAAGCCCAGGAUGAGGGGACCCAAGAGGGCUUCCAAGAUCAAGAAGCUCUUUAACCUUGGCGAGGAUGAUGAUGUCCGCACUUAUGUCAACACAUACCGCAGGACCUUCACUAACAAGAAGGGCAAGACGGUGAGCAAGGCUCCCAAGAUCCAGCGUCUCGUGACUCCCUUGACCCUCCAGAGGAAGCGUGCUAGAAUCACUGACAAGAAGAAGAGGAUCAUCAAGAAGAAGUCCGAGGCCGCAGAGUACCAGAAGCUGCUUGCACAGAGACUGAAGGAGCAAAGAGAUCGCCGGAGUGAGAGCAUGUCUAAGAGGAGGUCGAAGCUCUCUUCUGCUACCAAGGCUCCUGCUGCCUCUGCUUAAAUAUAUCUACAUCCUAUAUAUUAAGUUACAGCCAAAGAAUAUAUUCGCACUUCGUUCGGUAAAUCCACCCUCGAGUUUCAGCCUUCUCUAGUUAGUUGAAUAAUUGAUGUAGUGUUGCAUGAACCGGUAUCUUAUUAUAUAUUAAGAGUUUGUUAGUACUGGAGUAAUUCUUUGGUGGUUUCUAGUUAGUAGAGGUGCCAGCGACCACAGGAUGUUCUGGUGUUUCAGUUUACUCUGCGUAAA